AUGCCAGGCCCAAACUCAAGCCUUGCCAAAAGCCCAGAGGCUCCUUACCGAACCUGCCUUCACAAUAUAUUCCAAGGCUCAUGCACAAAUAAAUGGAGGCCUCAAAAAAUUUUCUCUAGACACCCUUGCCGAACGGCAAAGCUGUGCAACAAAAACGGAGGGGCUCAGAAUAUGGAUACGAUCAUGACUUCUCUUUUGCAAAACUCACUCACCAAAGCUCAAGCUAAGCCAAGACGCAUCAAAGAGACUCGAAUUCACAAGAGAAAGACUUGCCGAACGGCAACGCUAUACAACAGCUCAACAUCACCGUGGCACGAACUUGUGCACUCAGGGCCUCAGAAUCUGCCCCCAGAGCCCAGCUUCUGA